AUGGGGAUGGGGCGUGAAAUUGAGGACCAGAUGAAGCUCGAAACGUGGACCAAGGUGGCCAGAAAGAUGGUUGAAGAAGCCGGCCACUUCAUAAUCCCGUUGCGAUGGGUAUAUGCAUAUAAACUGGAUGAGCAGGGCUACGUCACUCGCUUUAAAGCCCGACUUGUGGUCCGUGGAGACCAGCAGCCGGAAGACAACGAGGACACAUACGCGGCCACACUACGAGCAAGAACCUUCAGAGUGUUAAUGGCCCUCUGCUGUCUUGAAGACCUUGAAACAGAACAGUACGAUAUGCCACCAGGCUACCUUGAGCCUGGGCUAUGCUUGAAGCUUCUCAAGGGACUAUACGGGCUUCGAAUCGCUCCAAGGCUGUGGUUUGAGGCUCUCGGCUUCUUCAAGAAGCUGGGCGCUCAACAACUCGUCGAAGAUGCCUGCGUGAUGACUUAUAAAGGAGUCAUCAUCUUCUUCUUUGUGGAUGACAUCGUGAUGAUGUAUCCAAAAGAAAAGAAGGCCGAAUGGGAAGAACUUCACGCUGCCAUUAUGAAGGAAUAUACCAUCAACCACAUGGGGGAACUUCGCUGGUUCCUAGGGAUUGAAGUCAUCAGGGAUAGGGCCCAGAAGAAGCUUUGGCUCGCUCAAGCCUCGUAUCUCUCGAAGAUGGCCAAGAAAUUCCACAUUGAGGACGAUGAUCAGAUCCUUGGCGUGCCCCAGUGUAAGGGGCUACGCCCCGAUGUGUAG